AGUGCGUUUAAUACAAAGUGUUCCUGAAUCUAAGCUGCCGGUAACGUCUGAGAGCCGGUGUCUCCUCUGGCAUCGUUACCGUCCAGCGUUGGAUGGAAAAGCUGGACCGUAUGGGAGGCAUUUAUUAAGUCUCAGUUAGCGCUCCAGCACAGCCGUGAGGAACUUCUAGACGAGCUGAGAACUUUCCCGGAGGAGAACACAACAUCAGAGCAGCGGGGAGCGCCAAUGGACAGGCCGGGCAGCAGCAGAGACACGGCCGCCAGGAGCAGCGGCUCAGCCCGCAGAGAGCAGCCGAGCAGCGGGGGACGCUCGGAGCUGCUGCCGGUUCUGUCCGGUCUGGCGGAGAGGUACCGGACCGCCAAGUUCAGUCUGGCGGCCCACCUGCUCUGCUGGGCGCUGCUCAGGUGGUACCAGAAACUCAGAUACCAGUCUGCUCCUAUACAGCCCCACGAAGCCAUUGAAGACUCCACCAACCCCUCUGAAGGAUUAGGCUUAGAGGAGAGGGAUUUUGUUGCUGACCCCUUGGCGUGGUGUAAAGGAAACACAGGAGAGGGUGACACACCUGACGACUAUUUUGACUCCCGCUCAUGGCACAGUGAAAACCUACCAAAUUUGAGUCCAGAUGGAGAAGACUCUCUGAAUGCUCUGCUGGGACUGCAGGACACCUACAGCGUUGGUCGGCAAGCAACAGGGGGCAGCUUCUGCGCUGGACACACUGAAGCCAGAUGGAGGGAGUCGGUGUCAGCAAAGGACAAAGAUGCUACAGACACUCAUGCUGGGCGCUCCAGUUGUAGCAGGAGGAAAAGCCCAGAAAGCCACGUGGACCCUAAUAUUUCCCUACAGCUCAGCACCAGAGACCUGGGCUCAGUUGAGAUCCGACCCCAUUCAAGUACAUAUCAACCAAAACCAGACUUACAUCAACAGCAGUCCAGUUUACUAGCUGUUUGCUCAGAGACUCAAGUCAAGUGCAGCACAGAGCCACACAGUGAACGCAUACAAAGCCAACACAACACAGACACAUUUGGUGCAAAGGUAACUCUACCAGACACUCAAGAACUGACGUUACAUGCGAAGCUUGAAGAAAGCAAUCCCAACAGACUGAAUGAAUCUACAGACUCAGAAACAUGCAUGGUACAUAUAGAUGUCAAAGAGACACAGCAACAGCGAUUCACGCAUAAACACAAGACAUGGCCCCAAACACAAAGCAUAGACAUAGAGAGUAAAAAGAAAAAAGAUGGAGAAAACUUAGAAAUUUGUGAUGUUCAGGAUGUAGAAGUGCAGAAUCUUGAACUGUUCAGUGCUUACCCUAGAGCGAAAGAUACCGUUUUAAAUAAAUGCAACAGCUGCUGUGGUAAUGAACAUCACAGACAAAGAGAAAAUUCAGCUAGAAUCAGUAAAGACAGUGAAAUACAAGAUCUAAAACUACACAGUGAAGACAAAAGGGCCUUUAGUGAAAGUGUGAGAACAAAUCACAAAAUAGAGAGUAAUUAUAGAAAGGACACGUGUAGAGCUGUUACCUAUUUCACCGAUGCAAUAAAUUCAGAAAAUUCUGACAAUGUUUUUACACCAGCACACUCUAAAUCUAAGACAAAAUGCACAGACACUCAGUUAGUUUCAGAAAUUGCUGCAAGUUCAAGCAUCACAGACACACAUGGCACGAAGACCAGUAGUGCAUGUCAGAACACAAAAUCAGAACUGAGAGACACACUGGUUACACAAAUCAAUGCACUGGCACAGGAGGUAGAUAUCUGCUGCUUACAAGCCCUGCAUAAAGAGUGCCCCACCAGAGGACAGUCAGAGACCCAUCCUCAGGUUUGUGCUACUGUAACAAAGCCCCAGGAUAAGACAUGGGUGUCCGGUGUCUGCCUCCAGGAGGAGCAGUUUGGGUGUGCUGGUGCUACAACAGAGGGAACUAAACCACCUGGGACAGUGAAUGAAAUCGGUUCCUCCAUCACAUUUUCCACAGAAGCCACAGCUUGUUUUCCAUUGGAUACCUGUGCUACUGAGCUGACAGUGGCUCCAAAAGUUUUUAAGCAAACCUUACCUGUCCUGUUGUCAGACUCAGAGAGCGAGGAACUCACUGAGAGGAAACCAGAUCAAAAGAAACCUCUGAUUAUAAAGUCACAAGCAUGGCUCGUUCCAGGUCAAACCCAGGAUUUUAUCCCUAAUCACUUGGAUCAGGGGGGUACUACAAUAGAUAAACCCACUAAUAGGCAUCUCCUUUCUGUGGAUGAGCUUUUGGAAAGGGUAGAGUCUGGCUCUGUAGAACUAGGACUCAGAUCAACUGAACUCCACUCUGACACUGGUAAGGGGCCUAAGGAAUGUCCUCCUCAUCACUCAUUCUCAGAUAAACUGCUGUUUUUAUCUGGCACUGGAGAAAUACAGGAUUCCUCCACUCUGUUAUCAGAGAACGAUAGAGAAGAGAAGAGGAGGGUAGGAUUGCCCUGCUCUCUUGUCCAACGUAACAAGGCCUGGGAAGGGGAGGGCAGUCUUGUUUAUCUUGACCAGGACCAAAUCGUGAAAGCAGUAAGUAAUGACAAUCUUCUGCAGUCACAACUUGGCAUAACAGAGUGUUCUGAGAACAAUGAACUAAGAUUUUUUAAAAGUGAAUUGCACACUGUGAGUGGUCCUGAUGCCUGUGUUGCUCAGACUCUGCCUAUUAAGAAAGGAAAGUCAUCAACAAAUCCUGCUGCUACUGAGCCGUAUGCAGACAAUUGCAUAGAGCACCAUGGCAUAACUCAGCAAAACCUUUCUUUGAUAAAAGUACAAACUACUGUCAGCUCAGUUUCUGGUCAACGUGAGAAGGAUCAUCAGGGUGUGAGGAUACUUGAACCCCCUUGUAGCCUGAAAUCCUCUCUGCUGUCAGACUCCAAUAAUAACACCAAGGCCACCACAAAAAAGGUGCAGAGAGGGGAGAGUGGUAGUUGUUUCUCAGGGGGUGAAAAGAGCAUCUGCAAAAGUAAUAGAAAAAUUAUUUGUCCUUUGGUUGAACCAUCGAAAGGUGUGACCCUAGACUUUUUAGAAUAUGUAGACAAGCCCCAGGAAGAUUCUGACGCUUCUUUGUUGUCUUUUGACCGCAGACUCACUUGGGAAAGCGAGGGCUUUGAAUGUGGGCUGGAAAAAGAUCCAGAUAGCCAGUGUAACUUAGGUGUGUUUCAUGAGCAGGAGCUGGAAAAACUGAAGACAGAGAAGAGCAGUGCGAGUGACAUUGCUGUAGAAAGUCUCGACUAUUCUAACUCAGAAAAAAUUAAAGGCCUUAAGCCCUUUGUGUCAAGUUCAAAAAUGAACAGUGGAUUUAACAAAGAGAAACAAUAUUUUAUCCAACCAGGAGUUAAUAGCUUAGCCAACAGAAGUGACAGCUUACCCAAGCUAUUGGAGGACUGUACAACUGAGUACAGAGAGGACACAGAGGUCAGCAUUCAAGUUCAACAGCAGACAACAAAGGUAAUAAGGUUCUCACAUCCUGAUGCCAGCUUCAACCUAGCUGUUGGUAGUAGUAUGGAUGCAGUUCUGGAGGCUGAAUGUUCAAUGGAAAACUGUGGCACAAAACAGUAUAAUCUAGAAACAGAAAAAAAGAAAGAAUGUGAAGUCACGAGGCUUGCUGAAGAUGUUGAGGAUAUUGUUAACCUUUCAGGGGACAUGUCCAGUCCUGAGCUUCCACAACAACAGACUGAGCAAGGGAAAUCUAUAGCCACUCCUGAGUUAGACCCUGAGGGGAACCCAGUAGCACAUGUCCUACAUAGUAGCAGUGAAGAGUACCGGAGACUUGUGACUGUUGCUUGUGAUACAAUGUCUUGCACCUCAACUAGCAGCAACUGUGAUGAGUUGGAGGAUCCUACUAUUUCAGGCAGAAAUGGCAAUCUUAACAAAAUGUCCAAGACAACAAAAUCAAAAGGCAAUCAGAUAGGAAACAAAACCUCCAAAUUUUCUAUGUUUACUAAAAUGCCUUCUUUUAAAAGGACCAAAAGCUCAAAGGGGUCCAAAAGUGAGGAAGUACCCCUCACUUCAUCAGAUGGUGGAGAUGAGGGCCUUCUGUCUGAGCAAGAGGCACAGAAUGCCACUUCAGAUAAUGAGGUUUUGGUCAAAAAUGACAUCCUCAACCAAACAGUCCACAAGGAAUUUUCAUCAGUGCAUUACCAGAUAGAAGAAGAGGACCUUGGCUUCUUCCCCUCUUCUCCUAACACGUGCCAUCUCCAUCACCAUGUCCACCAAGGAAGUGGUGGGGAUGAUAAUGGAGGACUAAGCCUGGACAACCCAUUCCUUGGACAAGCCCAAUCACCUACUGGGCAGGACUACAAGAGGACUAAGUGCAAUGACAGUUUAAAUAUCCGCAUGCGUUUUGCACAAGCACACAAGUCCCUUUCCAGUCUGUUUGAGUCCCGUUGGAUGGACAAGGGGAAUGAAGAGCAAGCUACCGUGAGCACUGAUCUGGAUUCCAGUAAAGCCAAACAGCCCUGGAGAAAGCUCAGAAAGACCAGGGAGGCUGAGCUGAAACGAGCUCUUUCAUUGCCAGAUGGGGAAAGUAGCAACACAGCUUUUGAGCAGGACCAUAGAGACUUCUUGUCUUCUCCACCCUUGGACCGGCUCAGCAACCCAGGAUCGCCAUCCUUCUUCAGAAGCCUUCGGCACACUGAUCCCAUCUCUAAGCGGGCAGUUUCACAAAGGCAUGGAAAGGAACACUCCAGUGCAUGUAAAUAUGAGGGCCAGACAAGACAAUGUUCACCUAAUAGUCUACCUACAACACCAUGUAUGUCUGGCCAACCUCCCUUUUCAAAAGACUCUGCUGUCCCACUGUCCAAUAACACUAGCCCUGUUUCACCUUUGAGCCCCUUCUCCUUAGCAACACUUGAGAAUGGGCAUUUGCUGUCCUGGACUAAGUCCCAUCCGGUGGCCAGCGGCCGCUUAACUGAGAGCCCCCUUAGGCCAGUAAGCCCUAAACCCUACAGCCCUAGGCCAGCAGCCCUGCACAAAAUGUUUUGCUACCCUCACUCACCAAGGCCUACUUCUGUCUCUCCUAUCCUUCUGGGUCAGUCAAUCAGUGCGGAGGGAUUGACAGACCCCCCCGGAAGACCUAAGUCCCUAAAACCUUCUGCUGGCCCGCUUGGUCUCAGUCUUAGCCCUCUGGAUGCAGCCGAGGGCAGAAUAGACAGCAUGUCACACAUCAGCCUGUAUGCCAUUGGUUCCAUCAAUGUGCUGGAGGGCACACGAAACAGCAGGCAGGCUGCCAGCCGGUCCAGAGCGAGGAGGCGGUUGGAGGUGAAGGACGAGGGGAAGGCCUCCGUGGUUUGUGGUGAGCUGAGGACUGGCUGCUGGCUGGAUGUGAGCCAUGAUGGAGGUGGCCAGGAGCAAAGGCGAAGGUGUUCAGAUGAUUUCUGGGUUGAAGAGGAAAAGAAAUACAAACGCAAACUGGCCAGAGCCAUCCGGGGGAGUGUGUGCCAACUCAACGCACUGUUAUCUGAAGAGCUGGGAAAAACUGAUGCUGCAGUCAUAUUGGGACCCACUGAGAGCUUCCAGGGGAUGACCCUCAGAGCCCACUGCUUCUCUCAGAGCACCCCGAUUGGUCUGGACUGCCUGGGCUGGAAAAGAAGCGUUUCCCUCUCCUCGGUGGUUGUUCCUGACGGGCCAUCAGAGAAGGCGGGGCUGGGGGAUGAGCUCGGCAGCGAGGAGGAUCUUCUGUAUGAAGAGUUUCGCAGUUCUGGACAUCGUUUUGGACACCCAGGAGGUGGUGGAGGAGAGCAGCUAGCCAUCAAUGAGCUGAUCAGUGAUGGCAGCGUGGUGUAUGCCGAGGCCCUCUGGGACCAUGUCACCAUGGAUGACCAGGAGCUGGGCUUCAAGGCUGGUGAUGUCAUUGAAGUAGUGGAUGCCACGAACAAGGAGUGGUGGUGGGGUCGCAUAAUGGACAGCGAGGGUUGGUUCCCUGCCAGCUUUGUACGGUUGCGUGUGAACCAGGAUGAGCCCAUAGACGAGUAUCUGGCUCAUCCAGAGGAGGCUCAGACAGGAGAGGAGGACCCGGCAAGUCUGGGUCUGUUGUUGGGACCUGGUUUACCCUGCAAAGAGCAGAUGAGAACUAAUGUCAUCAAUGAGAUCAUGAGCACAGAGAGAGACUACAUCAAGCACCUGAAAGACAUCUGCGAGGGUUACAUCAAACAGUGUCGCAAGAGGACAGACAUGUUCAACGAAGAGCAGCUUCGUACCAUCUUUGGCAAUAUUGAAGAUAUCUACCGAUUCCAGAGAAAGUUUCUGAAAGGCCUGGAGAAGAAGUUUAACAAGGAGCAGCCACACCUCAGCGAGAUCGGCUGCUGUUUCCUUGAACAUCAAACAGAUUUCCAGAUUUAUUCAGAGUACUGCAACAACCACCCCAAUGCCUGCGUCCAGCUCUCCAAGCUGAUGAAGGUCAACAAGUACGUGUUCUUCUUUGAGGCCUGCCGACUGCUCCAGAAGAUGAUCGACAUUUCUUUGGAUGGCUUCCUGCUCACUCCGGUUCAGAAGAUCUGCAAAUACCCGCUGCAGCUGGCUGAGCUGCUCAAAUACACCAACCCACAGCACAGAGAUUACAAAGAUGUGGAGGCAGCCUUAAAUGCCAUGAAGAAUGUGGCGAGGCUGAUCAAUGAACGGAAACGACGCCUUGAGAACAUCGACAAGAUUGCCCAAUGGCAGAGCUCCAUAGAGGACUGGGAGGGUGAGGAUGUCCUCAGCAGAAGCUCUGACCUCAUAUUUUCGGGGGAGUUGACCAAACUGUCCCAGCCUCAGGCGAAGAGUCAACAGAGAAUGUUCUUCCUGUUUGAUCAUCAGAUGGUGUACUGCAAAAAGGACCUCCUGCGUCGGGACAUGCUCUACUACAAGGGGCGGAUGGACAUGGACCACAUGGAGGUGAUAGACAUGGAAGAUGGGAAGGAGAAGGACUUUAACAUCAGUGUGAAGAACGCCCUGAAACUGCGGUCACUUGCUAGCGACGAAGUCCACCUCUUGUGUGCCAAGAAGCCCGAGCAGAAGCAGCGCUGGCUCCGAGCCUUUGCUGAUGAAAGGAGGCAGGUCCAGCAUGACCGCGAGACAGGUUUCUCUCUCACAGAGGUCCAGAAGAAACAGGCCAUGCGAAAUGCCUGCAAAAGCCAUCCAGCUGGGAAACCCAAAGUGUUGACCAGACCCUACUACGACUUCCUCCUGCGACAGAAACACCCCUCCCUUCCCACUGCUUUGCCACAGCAACAGGUGUUCAUGCUGGCUGAGCCCAAGCGCAAAACCUCCACCUUCUGGCACAACAUUGGUAGACUGACACCCUUCAAGAAGUAGAAAAAAAAUCAGAUCUGAAAAGAAGAGAGAAGGAACAGAGGAGGAUAAAGAGAAGAGCUCUCUGCUCGUGCCUGAAUAGACCCUUUUGAAGUCUCUUUUCUUUCUUACUCGUAACAUUGCCCAUAUUGAUAUGGUGAUUUAUUGUAUAGAUGAAAAUGAUUAUGAUGAGGAGAUUAUUUUUUGAAAGCACUUUAUAGGUUGGUUAACAAUCAGACUUGAGAAUGGUCUCCUGGAGACACUGAGUCGAACAGGGAGAGUGGACUCUUGAUUACCUUACUACUAUUACAUCUUCAAUCAAGCGCCAAUUGGUACUAAUACUACUACUGUACUGCUGCAAGUGAGCGUGGGACUCCUGGUUGCGCUGCCUCUGUGAAGACAUUGCCUGUCAACAAAAUUGUGUUGUUUAUUUCCAUUGUUCUGUUGUUUUAUGAUUUGACAGAUGCCAACUGUUCAUAGUGCCAGAUGAUUUGUUUUUAUAUUUGUUUGUUCUGUGUCUGCUUAUGAAAAAAAGGGAAAAUUGGGGGUCGGGGGGUAAAAUUUCUUGUGCUUUUCUAUGUGUAAAUAUAUAAUUUCACAAUAAUUUCAGCUAUGUUUUCAAACAUUUUGUGACCUCCAUCCACCACGGAUUGGUUGUGUAUUUCUCUGGUGCAUUUACUGUAUUGUGCAACCAUUUGGCAAAUGCAGCCCAAAGAAGAUUCUAUUCCUCACCAAUUUGAAACUUUUUACUCAAACAGCAGCAACCCACACAUCCCAGCAACACACAUUCCUCGAGUCUAAUCCUUGACUCCUCCUUAUGCCUACCAUGCCAAUGAAAGUAAACUUCCUGCUCUGUUUUCUUUUCUCUUUAUUGCAUUUCAUUUUCUUUUGUUUUUUUGAAGUGCCAUUUGAAGUGUGUCAUGGAUGACUUACAAUGACAUGCAUGGAUGUGAUGAAAAAAUACUGUGAAGAAUAUUUUUUUAUAUCUGACGAAUCCUGCUAUAUUUAACCAGAACCGAGGUUUCAAUGUGCUACUAGGCCGACAGCAUUACACACAUGUUCUUUUAUCUACCUGUACUUCUGAUAUCCAGUAUUCCUGCUAUGUGUAUCUGGUUUCCAAUAUAAUCUCAUUUCAGAUUAAUGCAGCCCAGUGAUAUCAGUGAAAUGUACUCCUUUCACCUUUAUGUUGAAAUGUUUUGGCUUCUGAUGAUAUUAAACAUUCCUAAGCUGAAAAA